AGGCAUGCAUCACAGAGAGAGAGGCAUUGCAUCAGUCUGCACCCAAGGAACGCAACAAAUCCUGUGAGCACCCAGCACCUAUUUACCCUUUGGGGUCAAAGCUUCUGCAGAGAUGACCUCUUUUCUCCAAAGACAGAGGUCUAGCCAAUCAGACCUAGAACCUCCUGAAUUUGCAUCAAUGGGCGAAGUGCUUUCGGAGGAGGAGAUGGAGAGAAUAUGCAGCACCAAGGUAGCAUUACAGGCACUGCCCUAUGCCAUGAUGGACAAACGGCUCAUCAGGCACCUCCGGCAGCCAGACGGGGUAAAGGCCUCUUUCUGGGAACAGUGGAAGAAGAAAUGGCAACAAGUCCAUCAGCAGUUCCUGGAUGUGGGCCAGAGGCUGACAGGAACCUUUGGGCUCUGGAAGACUGACCUCUAUGAGAUUGGUGGGCUCUUUGGCACAGGGAUCCAGUCCUAUUUCACUUUCCUUCGUUUCCUGAUGGUCCUCAACCUGCUCACCUUUCUGCUAACCACCAGUUUAGUGCUGCUGCCUCUGGCUUGGCUCCACUUGCCCGACCCAGGCCCUGCCCCCAACAUCUCAUACUACUGUCCCAGCAGUCCUGAGCCUGAGUCUAAUCUGACCCAGAUCCACUUGCACUUGUGGGAUGUCUUCACUGGCAGGGCUCUCAGCAACACCUACCUUUUCUAUGGCUCAUAUCGAAUGGGACCAGAGAGUGAUUCCCAGUACAGUGUUCGCCUGGCCUACCUCCUCAGUCCGCUAACCUCCCUGCUCCUCUGCUUCUGUGGGACUGUGCGACGCAUGGUGAAGGGGCUACUCCAUAAGCAAUUGCUGAGCAAGGAUUACAGGCCCCGGCUCAGCAGCAAGGUGUUUGUCUCCUGGGAUUUCUGCAUCCGAAGCAGGGAAGCUGCCAUCAUCAAGCAACACAGCAUCAGCAAUGAUUUCAAGAUAGAACUCCAAGAGGAGCAGCACUCCCUGCAGAUGCAGCAGCAGACAGGAAAGCAAAAGGCUCGGCAGCUUCUUUUUUAUUUGGGGCUCAACAUGUUCAUUGGACUCCUGGUGGUCGGGGGUAUCAGUGCUAUCUAUUGGGCCACAAAGUUCUCUCAGAACUACAAACAUGAGUCCCUCUCUUUGCUGCUUCAGUACCUGUCCCCUGGAGUCAUUGCCCUUGUCAACAGUCUGGGGCCCCUGGUGUUUGGAUUCCUGGUCCAACUGGAGAAUUAUCCUCCCAACACGGAGAUCAAUCUCAUCCUUUUCUGGUGCGUGGUUCUGAAGCUGUCUAGCUUGGGCAUGUUCCUUUUUUCACUGAGACAACAAGCAGUACUAUGCACUGGCAGAAGUGACCCUUCCAGCUGUAUGCCCCAUGACUACAAUCAAUGUGACCAGUGCUGGGAGAACUCAGUGGGUCAGGAGUUAUACAAGUUGAGCAUAUUUGACUUCUUCCUCAUGCUGGCCUUUGCCUUCCUGGUCACCCUGCCAAGGAGGCUGCUGGUAGAUCAUGUAGACGGCCAGUUUUGGGGCUGGCUGGGGCAGGAGGAAUUUUUGGUACCCAAGAAUGUGCUGGACAUUGUGGCGGACAGACGGUUACCUGAUGGGGCUUUCUACUGCCCCCUACUACCCCUGCUCAGCAGCAUCUUCAUCUUCUUCACUUUUUUAUGUCAGAAAAGGUAAGAAUACACACUCCUCAAGAACUGCAGGCCUUCCCCUCGUCUCUUCCAAGCCUCCAGCGCCACCUUCUUCUUCCAGCUGGUCCUCUUGCUGGGCCUCCUGGUGGCAUCUGUGCCUCUGCUGUAUGUCAUCAGCAGUAUCCCCUCCUCUGUAAACUGCGGCCUCUUCUCCAACUACUCAGCACCCUGGCAGGUGGUUCCAGAGGCAGUGGCCAUUCGACUUUCACCAUCAGUCCAGAAAGUCUUUUACUUUGUUGGUUCCAAUGGCUUCUGGUACCCCAUUCUCAUCUUCCUUAGCCCUACUUUGACCGUAUGCAUCUCCCAAUCGGGGGCCAACAAAAGGGCUAAGGGUCUUAGGAGACAACUGCUAUGGCAAGUACGGGAAAAAUGGCACCUGGUGGGAGGACCUGUCACGACUUUCUGCAAGAUUCAGGAGGGGUCUGUUUCUUGGGGGCCUGGAUCCCCCAUGUUCCCGAUCUUCCCGUCCUCAGAUCCUUCUGCCUCUGGAUUCCCUUGCACUGGAUCUCCCAGGCCCAGAUCAUUCAUGGCAGGAUGCACUCAUUCUCAGGUCACUAGUUUCUUCUCUUUUUUUUUUAAUCUACCUACCCCUGAGUUUCUGGUCCCCCAGUCUUGUCACAUGCACAUUUCCCUUUCUUAUCACCCCAGAGCUCUAGUCCCCGAGGGAGGUGAAGGGGAAGAGGCCUCAGCUGUGACCUUUUACUCCAAAGUGUGAGGCUCUAGUCUAGCCCAAGAGGAACUUCUGGGUGAUCAUGUUCCUAGUCUCUCCUCCCAGUCAUAACCAUUUUUUUUUUUAUUGCACUGCUUUUUGAAACCACCUACCUUUUUUUCUCAUAUGUUCCUUGGUCACACAAUUGACCUCCCACUAAUGGGAGUCUUUCUUCUCUGGACCAGAGAAAGGCAUCUGGAAGCAUACUACUAUACAUAUCUACAUUUCCAUAUAUUGUAUGAAUCAACGAGAAAGCAUUUAUUAAGUAAACUCUUACUAUAUGUUAGAUACUACCCCAAGCUCUGGGGAUACAGUCCCUGCCCCUCAAAAAGCUGAUAUUCUAAGGGAAGGGAGAGACAACACAUAAAGAGGAGCUAGGAAGGAAAGAGGAUGAGUACAUGUGUUUUAGAAAAUGGCUAGAGAAGUUUCUGGGCAAGAUUUCAAUCUAUCGAGACAAUAGUGGCCCAGGGUAGAGCCCAUAGCGAUCUAGACCAGUAAGCCAGAGAGAACCAAUGAAUUGGGAUUCCCAACUUUGCCAGUUGAUCUCAAAUGUAUUAUUUAACCUUUGGGAGUGUUUUCUCAUCUAUAAAAUGGGGUUGAGGCAUAAUUUUCCUUCCACCUCAACAUGGAUAAUUUUGAAGAUUAAGUGAGAUUUUAUACAGAGAGAGAGAGAGAGAAAGGAGAGAAAGGAAUGCUUUGUAAUCAAUCAUAAAGGCCUUCAUAAAUUCCAACUGGUUUUUUGUUUUUGUUUUUUUUUCAACUGUUAUUAUUUCCAUGAGCUAGGGGAGUCUAUGAAGUUUAGGCAGAACUGGAGGCCCCAAGUGAGAUAGAGUAAUGUGUCUGGAGUAGAAUUGAGCCCCUCUUUAGAUGGAACACACGUUCUCUGAAAAGAAGUUGUGCCCAGAGAUCCUCCAGUCUCUGUUCCCAUCCCUACUUAAGUC